AUUUAUCGCCAUGUUGUUGGGGUUUCCGUUCUGCUGGAAGUGAUCGUUUUUGGAACUCGGACUGUCGUCGUCUGUAGACAUGUUUUGCGUGUGUGCAUUGAGAUCGGUCAGAACUAAGAUUCGUUUGCAUCAGUGCUUGGCAACAAGAUACAGACAAUGCAGCACUGCCAAGGAGUCAUGCGAAGAUACUGAACAUCCCACAAUAACAGAAGACGAUGACGUGACUCAAACGAAAGAACUUAAAAUUCGUCGUAAUAAAGCACAGAAAAUCCUGACAAAUUUAUAUACGGAGAACGAAAGACAGUUGCUGCUGGAUCGAUUUAACAACGCAGACGAGGCCGAACUAUGUAAUAUCAAAUAUUUACGAGUCCGAACGGCAAAAGAGAUUAUAGAACACAGAGAAAAACAUGGGUUAUUUAAAGACAUACAUUCUUUGGUUGGCAUCUGCGGGAUUGGGGAAAAAAUGAUGCAGUUCUACUGCGUCGAUAUCAUGGACAAAAUAGCCGGGAACCAGUCAGCGACGCAGAAGAAAUCAAACAUUAAAACCAGUAAUAAAAUGAAUUUCUUUGCAAUGAAACCAAAUCUGUCAGAGGAAAGAUUGCAGAGCCUUCAAAGUAUUGUAUCUAUCGAUAUAGCAUUUAAAAGUAUAGCUUGGAUUCACAUGGAGCGGGAUAUGAAAGUAUGUGAUUGGAAACACCAACAAUUAGAUGUGAAGCCCAGUCGACAUGACCCAAUUGCUUAUGUGGAGAAUGUCAGCCAGUCGUGA